UUAUCAAUAAAAAUAUUUCCACAAACAUUGUAACAUUUGUGUCAAAACUAGAACAGAAAUUAAAUCUUUUAUUUCAUGGAGCUGUAUGUGGAAUACGAAAUGAAACGCUUAUCAUUAAUAUACAUGGCUCAGAAGAAGAUGCAGUAACAUGUAUAACAACAUAUGAAAAAAUGAUAGACCAAAUAAUAGAAUUAAUUAUACCCCAUCUAUCAUAUAGUCUAUAUCGGGACGAACCGAUGACAACCGAUACCACUGAAUUGAAAUCUUUAACAGAAGUAACAGAUGCACAGAAGAUAAUACGUGAUGGGAUAAUGAUUCAAAGCAAUGAGAAAAUAGCAUCUAAAUGUGUGAGAUUACAUGAUGCCUAUGGCAAAAUAUUAUUAACAGAUAUAUAUGCCAAAUGUAACGUGCCAUCAUUUAAAACUUCUGCUAUUAAUGGAUUCGCCGUAAAGGCAAAUGAUAAAAAAAACAGAAAGAAGAUAUUAGAAGCAGGAUCUACAUUUCUGGAACCUGGCACAUGUGUACGAGUAAAAACUGGAGCAUUUAUUCCUGAUGAGGCAACAGCAGUUAUAAAAAUUAAAAAUACAGAAAUAGUAUCUAAUAAUAACACCUGGGAAGAAAUCGAAAUAAUAAUUCAGCCAAAAGAAGGAGAAAAUAUUAAACCUAUUGGUUGCGAGAUAAAGAUGGGAAACAAAAUUUUGGGUGAACAUACAUAUAUUGGACUAGCAGAGAUAGAACUUUUGGCAUCUUGUGGUAUCAAUGAAGUUGAAAUCAUCGAAUCUCAGACUAAGGAUUUCGAUACUUUGGAUUUUGGAAUUGUGGAUGCUGACAUGCUAAAAAUGUCAAUAAAAGUUCAGGAAGCUUUAAAAGACGUGAAUAUACUUGUAAUAACAGGUUUUGCAAAUGGGAGAGAUCAAUUGAAAACAAUUUUACAAAACAAUUUUAAUGCUAAUAUAUAUUUUGAUAGAGUGAAUAUGAAACCUGGCAAAUCAACAACAUAUGGAACAUGCAUGUUAGGUGGAAAACAAAAGCAUAUCUUAUAUUUAUCGGGAAACUCGGCAACUAUUCUCAUUACUGCACAUUUAUUUCUUUUACCUCUUUUGAAUAAAAUGCACUACAAUGACAUGGAAGUGCCUGUCAUACAUGCUCAUGUAAUGGAUGAAUAUAAGAAGUAUUCGCGUCCUAAUUAUAUAUGGACACAUUUAAAAUGGGAUAAAGAAGAAACAUUUGCAAGAGUUUCCAACACAUAUGCAAAUAAUAAUCUACUUAGAGCUCAUAAUGCUAAUGCACUCUUAAUAGUACCGGCAGCGUCUGGUUCGGACAAAUCACUCUCACCAGGCACAUUAACACCAGUGUUAUUUCUUGGCUCUAAAUCGUUCUGUCAAAAUAUUCCUAAUUGAAUCCAACGAAAGAAAAUAAUUACAUAUAGAA